AGAUGCUGCCCAGUGGCUUUCCUAGAGUGGACUCUGACAUCUCUCAGCAAUAUUUACAUACAGAGCUUGUGCUGUGGCCUGGAAAAUAGCUCUCAAUGCUUCAGGCAGCAAUCAAAACCCUGAACUGGAGGAUCUCAGGCCAAAGACCAAAAAAGACCAAGAAGUGUGAUGCUGACAAGCGGGUUUAGUGUGUACUUGGUCCAAUUACGGCGAGAAGAGGAACGUCUCUCAUGACAGCUACCCAAGCAGCGGCGGCUUUGGAAGAGCCUGGGCUGCAUUCCUCGAACAUAUCCUUUGGUGCGACUCUCCCAGUUCUGAUCAGACUACAUUUCUCACACAUUCCAAAUGCUCCUUUUGCCUUUUACUCUGAGAUUUGGUUGCAAAGGAGGCGCUUGUUAAAACCUCACCAAUCCGGGGACCGUACUCAUUGUAAUGCUCGAGCCCACAGCAGCAGUCGGGGAUGGGGGGCUGUGGAGUGGGGAGCGCAACCUCCCCUAGAUUGGUUUUUUAAUUCCAGUUUUCCUUCUUAGGCAAGUACGCUCCAGAGUUUCUCCCUAAACUGCUUGGGGUUUUGAUUCAAACUUUGGCGACGUUGCUUUCUAACUUUCCUCCUGCGUCUGCAAGUUUCAGAGAGAAAUAAGCACCCCCUGCGCGGGAUCCCAUGGAAGUGGGGGGAUUGGGAACUAGAGUGGGGGUAUUCCUGGUUCACAGGCAGCUGAAAAAAGUGAAUGCAGGCGGAAGGCGCGUUCCGGCUCCGCUGCUGGAGCCCCAACCCUAGGAGCCCAGAGUCGAGCCAGUCGCCUACUUCCAGGACAACCUGUAGCGCCUUCCAUCUCCUCCCCUCCGCGCGGUUUCCCCGCCUCGGCCCCGGAGCUGAUUGGCAGAGGUCGCUACCCAACCCUCGACUCCGGGCCUCCACCCGGGACCGACGAUUGGCCUCCUGGGAGGACUGGAGUAAGGGGGUGCAAGGGGAGGGAUUUCCCUCAAAGCCCAGGGUCCCGGGACCUGGGAAGGAGUGGUUGGAGGGACUCAGUUCUCCGCGCAACCCAGCCGCGAACCGCGCCGGGCGGGUCGGGACGCUUUAGUCUCCGCGGCUGUUCCAGCCCGGACCGCGCGGAGCCACUUUCCCAUCCUUCUGGUCCAGCCCCUGCUCCAGCAGGACCCUGCGGGCGGCGAGCGGAGUUCCUGGCACUUUCCGGAGGGCUCUCUUGCUCCCUGCCCCGGACUGACUGCGCUCAGGCUGACCUGUCUGAGCCCUAACACACGGACCAUGCACGCAGCUCCGACCCCCGGGAUCACCGCCUGCGGGCGCCAUGCAGCCAACCCCACCAACUUUCAACCAAUGCCUCCUCCGCCGCCCGAGCUGGUGCUGCUGCUGCUGCUUCUCUUGUCACCGGUAAGCAGCGUCCGGGCACAGCCCGCUGCCCCCAGUCGGGCGUUGCUGUCCCCGAAUCUUGCGGGGGUAGCAGGGGUCCCCGCCAAAGAGGCCGUAGUCCUGGGGAACCGUGGGCUCCGGGUGCCUUUCGGCCGUGAGGUCUGGCUGGAUCCGUUGCAGGACCUGGUGCUGCAGGUGCAGCCGGGGGACCGCUGCUCAGUGACCGUGCUCGACAACGAUGCGCUGGCCCAGAGGCCUGGCCGCCUGAGUCCCAAGCGCUUCCCAUGCGACUUUGGCGCUGGAGAGGUGCGCUACUCGCACCUGGGGGCGCGCAGCCCAUCUAGGGAUCGAGUCCGGCUGCAGCUGCGCUACGACGCACCGGGAGGGGCGGCAGUGCUACCCUUGGUACUGGAGGUGGAGGUGGUCUUCACCCAGCUGGAGAUUGUGACUCGGAACUUGCCCCUGGUCGUGGAGGAACUGCUGGGAACCAGCAAUGCCCUGGACGCGCGGACCCUGGAAUUCGCCUACCAGCCCCAGACUGAGGAGUGUCGGGUGGGCAUCCUCUCCGGCUUGGGCGCGCUGCCUCGCUACGGGGAACUCCUUCACUACCCGCAGGUCCCGGGACAUGCCAGCGACCGGGGCACCCAGGAGCCUCUGCUGAUGGAUUGCAGAGCUUUCCAGGAGCUUGGCGUGCGCUACCGCCACACAGCCCCCAGUCGUUCUCCAAACAGGGAUUGGGUGCCCAUGGUGGUGGAGCUGCGCUCACGAGUGUCUCCUGUGGGCAGCCCUGCUUUGAAACGCGAGCACUUCCAAAUACUCGUGAGAAUCCGAGGAGGGACUGAGAACACUGCGCCCAAGCCCAGUUUUGUGGCCAUGAUGAUGAUGGAGGUGGACCAGUUUGUACUGACCGCCCUGACCCCAGACAUGCUGGCAGCUGAGGAUGCUGAAUCACCUCCUGACCUGUUGAUCUUCAAUCUCACCUCUCCGUUCCAGCCUGGCCAGGGCUACCUGGUGAGUACUGAUGAUCGUAGCCUGCCCCUCUCCUCCUUCACUCAGAGGGAUCUGCACCUUCUGAAGAUUGCCUACCAGCCCCCUUUUGAGGAUUCGGACCAGGAGCGUCUCUUUGAACUGGAGCUGGAGGUGGUGGACCCAGAAGGAGCAGCCUCAGAUCCUUUUGCCUUCAUGGUAGUGGUGAAGCCCAUGAACACACUGGCUCCAGUGGUCACUCGGAACACUGGUCUCAUUCUCUAUGAGGGCCAGUCUCGGCCCCUCACCGGCCCUGCAGGCAGUGGACCUGACAACUUGGUCAUCAGCGAUGAGGAUGACCUAGAGGCAGUACAGCUGGAGGUGGUGGCUGGGCUCCGACACGGUCACCUUGUCCUCCCGGGUGCCUCCAGUGGCAACUCUGCCCCUAAGACCUUUACGGUAGCUGAGCUAGCAGCCGGCCAGGUGGUCUACCAUCACGAUGACAAAGAUGGCUCCCUAAGUGACAACCUUGUGCUUCGAAUGGUGGAUGGAGGGCGCAGGCACCAGGUGCAGUUCCUGUUCCCUAUCACCUUAGUGCCUGUGGAUGAUCAGCCACCAGUCCUCAAUGCCAACACAGGGCUGACACUGGCAGAGGGUGAAACUGUGCCCAUCCUGCCCCAAGCUCUAAGUGCAACUGACAUGGACUCGGACGAUGCUCUCUUGCUCUUUGUGCUCGAGCCACCCUCCUCAACUUCAGGGCAUCUGCUUCUCCGCCAAACCCAUCCUCCCCAGGAGGAGGAGGGGCUUAUCAGGGGUCCUUGGAGGAAACAGGGAACAUUCUAUGAGAAAAUGGUGACAGAGUGGCGGCAGCGAGACAUAACGGAGGGGAGGCUGUUCUACAGGCACUCGGGGCCCCACAGUCCUGGGCCCGUGAUGGACCAGUUCACGUUUCGAGUCCAAGAUAAUCAUGACCCCCCUAAUCAGUCUGGGCCGCAGAGGUUUGUGAUACGCAUUCACCCCGUGGAUCGCCUCCCUCCAGAGGUGGGCAGCGGCUGUCCCCUUCGGAUGGUGGUACAGGAAUCCCAGCUCACUCCACUGAGAAAGAAGUGGCUGCGCUACACUGACCUGGACACAGACGACCGAGAACUGCGUUACACUGUGACCCAGCCACCGAUGGACACAGAUGAAAACCACUCACCAGCUCCCCUGGGCACCUUGGUCCUGACUGACAACCCUGCAGUGGUGGUGGCCCAUUUUACACAGGCCCAGGUCAACCACCAUAAAAUUGCUUACAGGCCUCCAGAUCAAGAACUGGGAGUGGCUGCCCGAGUGGCCCAGUUCCAAUUCCAGGUGGAGGACCAAGCUGGGAAUGUGGCUCCAGGCACCUUCACCCUGUACUUGCAGCCAGUGGAUAACCAGCCACCUGAGAUCCUCAACACUGGCUUCACGAUUCAGGAGAAGGGCCACCACAUCCUGAGUGAGACGGAACUGAGCGUGAAGGACGUAGACACUGACGUAGCCCACAUCACUUUCACACUCACACAGGCACCCAGACACGGCCACAUGAAGGUGUCUGGGCAGAUCCUGCGUGUAGGUGAGAUUUUCCACUUGGAGGACAUAAAACAGGGUCGGAUUUCUUACAUCCAUAAUGGGGCCGAGACUCUGACUGAUAGCUGCUCCUUGGAGGUCAGCGACAGACACCACGUGGUGCCCAUCACUCUCAGGGUGAGUGUCCGGCCAGUGGAUGAUGAGGUGCCCAUGCUGAGCCUUCCUGAAGGCACUCUGGGGUCCUAUCUAGAUGUUUUAGAAAAUGGGGCUACUGAAAUCACUGCCAACGUUAUCAAGGGGACCGAUGAGGACACCGAUGAUUUGAUGCUGACGUUCCUCUUGGAAGAUCCACCCUUAUAUGGAGAAAUCCUGGUCAACGGAGUUCCAGCCGAGCAGUUUACCCAAAGGGACAUCUUGGAGGGCUCUGUCGUCUAUGCCCACACCAGUGGUGAGAUGGGCUUAUUGCCCAAAGAGGACUCUUUUAACCUGAGUCUGUCGGACGCGUCUCAAGAAUGGAGAAUCGGUGGUAAUGCCAUCCGAGGAGUUACCGUGUGGGUGACCAUCCUCCCCGUUGACAACCAGGCCCCAGAGGUUUCUGUGGGUGAACGGUUUAUAGUAAUGGAAGGUGAUAAAAGUGUUAUAACCUCAAUGCACAUAAGUGCUGAAGAUACGGAUUCUCUCAACGAUGACAUCUUGUGCACCAUCGUUAUUCAGCCCACCUCGGGUUACCUUGAGAACAUCUCUCCAGCCCCAGGCUCUGAAAAAUCAAGAGCGGGAAUUGCCAUAAGUGCUUUCACUCUGAAAGAUCUCAGGCAGGGCCAUAUAAACUAUGUCCAGAGUGUCCAUAAAGGAGUAGAACCAGUGGAAGACAGAUUCAUAUUUCGUUGUUCUGAUGGCAUUAACUUUUCAGAGAGACAUUUUUUCCCCAUUGUGAUCAUUCCUACCAAUGAUGAGCAGCCAGAAAUAUUUAUGAGAGAAUUUAUAGUGAUGGAAGGCAUGAGUCUGGUGGUCGAUACGCCCAUCCUCAAUGCUGCCGAUGCUGACAUUCCGCCGGAUGACUUAACUUUCACUAUUACCAAAUUUCCUACCCACGGCCACAUCAUGCGCCAGCUGAUCAAUGGCACGAUUUUGGUCGAAAGCUUCACCUUGGACCAGAUCAUAGAGAGUUCCAGCAUUAUUUAUGAGCACGACGACUCUGAGACCCAGGAAGACAGUUUUGUGAUUAGACUAACAGAUGGAAAGCACUCUGUGGAGAAGGUGGUCCUCAUUAUGGUUAUCCCGGUGGAUGACGAGACCCCCAGAAUGGCCAUCAAUAAUGGACUGGAAAUAGAAAUUGGGGAAACCAAAGUGAUCAAUAACAAAAUAUUAAUGGCAACUGAUUUAGAUUCUGAAGACAAAUCCUUGGUUUAUGUUAUUCGCUAUGGGCCAAGACAUGGCUUAUUACAGAUACAAAAACCUUCAGGUGUCUUUGAAAAUAUCACACUGGGCAUGAAUUUUACCCAGGAUGAACUGGAUAGAAACUUACUUCGGUACAUCCAUUUUGGGCAAGAAGGUAUUCGGGAUCUAAUUAAAUUUGAUGUGACUGAUGGAAUAAACGCCCUCAUAGAUCGCUACUUUUACGUGUCCGUUGGGAGCCUGGACAUUGUCUUCCCUGAUGUGAUAAGCAAGGGCGUGUCCUUGAAGGAAGGUGGUAAGGUCACCCUCACCACAGACUUACUAAGCACGAGUGACUUGAACAGUCCUGAUGAAAACUUGGUUUUUACCAUCACCAGGGCGCCCAUGAGAGGUCACUUAGAAUGCUCAGACCAGCCUGGAGUGUCCAUCACGUCUUUCACUCAGCUCCAGCUGGCGGGCAACAAAAUCUCCUACAUCCACACAGCCGAUGAUGAGGUGAAGAUGGACAGCUUUGAGUUCCAAGUCACUGACGGACGGAACCCCGUCUUCCGGACAUUUCGUAUCUCCAUCAGCGAUGUGGACAACAAAAAGCCAGUGGUCACCAUCCAGCACCUGGUUGUCAGCGAAGGUGAGAACAAGCUGAUCACCCCCUUCGAACUCACUGUGGAAGACAGAGAUACCCCAGACAAACUCCUGAAAUUCACUCUCACCCAGGUGCCCGUUCAUGGUCAACUCCUAUUCAACAACACCAGACCUGCCAUGAUUUUCACCAAACAAGACUUGAAUGAAAACUUAAUCAGCUACAGACACGAUGGCACUGAAACACGUGAAGACAGCUUCUCCUUCACAGUGACCGAUGGUUCCCAUACGGAGUUCUAUGUUUUUCCUGAUACAGUAUUUGAAACCAGGAGACCCCAAGUGAUGAAAAUCCAGGUCUUAGCUGUUGACAAUAGUGUCCCCCAAAUCGCAGUGAACAAAGGGGCCUCUACGCUUCGCUCUCUGGCUACCGGCCACUUGGGGUUCAUGAUCACAAGCAAAGUGUUGAAAGUGGAGGAUAGAGACAGCCCACAGUUUUCUCUCAGGUUUAUCGUGACAGACGCUCCUCGACAUGGAUAUCUCCUCAACCUGGGUGAAGGCAACCACAGCGUCACUCAGUUUACACAAGCCGACAUUGACGACCUGAAAAUAUGCUAUGUUUUAAGAGAAGGGGCUAAUGCCACAAGUGACGUAUUCCAUUUUACAGUUGAAGACGGUGGUGGAAACAAGUUAACCAAGCAGCAUUUUCAUCUGAACUGGGCAUGGAUCUCCUUUGAAAAGGAGUAUUACUUGAUCAAUGAGGACUCCAAAUUUCUAGAUGUUGUUCUUAAACGUAGAGGUUACUUGGGAGAGACUUCCUUUAUAAGUAUUGGCACAAGAGAUGGGACUGCAAAAAAAGACAAAGACUUCAAGGGCAAAGCCCAGAAACAAGUGCAGUUCAACCCGGGCCAGACCAGGGCCACGUGGAGAGUGCGGAUCAUGAGCGACGGGGAGCAUGAACAGUCUGAGACCUUCCAGGUGGUUCUCUCAGAGCCCGUGCUGGCUGCCCUGGAAUUCCCCGAGGUGACCACAGUGGAGAUCGUGGACCCAGGAGAUGAAUCAACUGUGUUCAUCCCCCAGGCUGAAUACUCCAUUGAAGAGGACAUUGGGGAGCUGUUCCUUCCCAUCAGGAGAAGUGGAGAUGUGAGCCGGGAGUUGAUGGUGAUCUGUUACACGCAGCAAGGAACAGCAAGAGGAACGGUGCCCACAUCAGUGCUGUCCUAUUCCGAUUACAUAUCCCGGCCCGAGGACCACACCAGUGUUAUCCGCUUCGACAAAGACGAGCGGGAGAAAAUGUGUCGGGUGGUUAUAAUCGACGACUCCUUGUAUGAAGAGGAGGAGACGUUCCGUGUUGUCCUGAGCAUGCCCAUGGGGGGGAGACUCGGGCCGGAGUUCCCAGGGGCUCAGGUUACAAUCAUCCCUGACAAAGACGAUGAACCCGUCUUCUACUUUGGUGAUGUCGCCUACGCUGUGGACGAGAGCGCGGGCUCCGUGGAGGUGCGCGUGUGGAGGACAGGCACUGACCUGUCCAAGGCUUCCAGUGUCACCGUGCGGUCUCGGAAAACAGAUCCGCCCUCUGCUGAAGCUGGAACAGACUACGUGGGUAUCAGUCGUAAUUUAGAUUUUGCACCUGGAGUCAACAUGCAGCCUGUUCGUGUCAUCAUUCUGGAUGACCUUGGGCAGCCAGUGCUGGAGGGAAUUGAGAAAUUUGAACUGGUGCUUCGAAUGCCUAUGAAUGCUGCCCUUGGUGACCCCAGCAAAGCCACGGUGUCCAUCAAUGAUUCUGGCUCAGAUCUGCCUAAGAUGCAAUUCAAAGAACGGGUCUACACCGGCAAUGAACAUGAUGGGCAGGUAGUUGCAGUGAUCCACAGGAGCGGAGAUAUCCAGUUCAGGUCUUCAGUGAGAUGCUAUACACGACAGGGGUCUGCACAGGUGAUGAUGGACUUCGAAGAACGCCCAAACACUGACCUCUCUGUCAUCACCUUCCUCCCUGGUGAGACUGAAAAGCCUUGCAUCCUUGAGCUGAUGGACGAUGCGGUGCAUGAGGAGGUGGAGGAGCUCCGUCUGGUCCUUGGCACACCACAGAGCAACUCACCUUUUGGAGCUGCAGUUGGGGAACAAAAUGAAACUCUGAUCAGGAUCAGAGAUGAUGCGGAUAAGACAAUUAUUAAAUUUGGAGAAACCAAGUUUAGCGUCCGUGAACCCCAAGCCCCGGCACAGUCGGCGGUUGUAAAAAUCCCCGUGAUUCGCCAGGGAGACACUUCAAAGGUCUCCACUGUGAGAGUUCACACCAAGGACGGCUCGGCCACCUCUGGGGAAGACUAUCACCCCGUGUCGGAAGAAAUUGAGUUUAAGGUGGGAGAAACCCAGCACAUCGUUGAAAUUGAAGUGAUAUUCGAUGGGGUAAGAGAGAUGAGAGAGGCCUUCACUGUCCAUCUGAAACCCGAUGAAAAUAUGAUAGCAGAGACACAGGUGACCAAAGCCAUUGUGUAUAUAGAAGAAAUGAACAGCAUGGCAGAUGUCACUUUUCCUUCUGUCCCUCAAAUUGUGUCCUUACUGAUGUAUGAUGACACCUCCAAAGCCAAAGAGAGUGCUGGCCCCCUGUCUGGUUAUCCUGUUGUCUGCAUCACGGCCUGUAACCCUAAAUAUUCAGACUAUGACAAAACAGGCUCUAUCUGUGCAAGUGAGAACAUCAACGACACCUUGACCCGGUACCGAUGGCUCAUCAGCGCUCCCACCAGCCCCGACGGUGUGACCAGCCCCAUGAGAGAAGUGGACUUUGACACCUUUUUCACAUCGUCCAAGAUGAUCACUUUAGACGCCAUAUACUUCCAACCCGGCUCCAGGGUGCAGUGUGCAGCCCGGGCUGUGAAUGCCGACGGCAGUGAAGGCCUAGAGCUGAUGAGCCCUAUUGUGACCAUUGGCAGAGAAGAAGGUCUCUGUCAGCCCCGGGUGCCAGGGAUAGUGGGGGCAGAGCCGUUCUCGGCGAAGUUGCGCUACACGGGCCCCGAGGAUCCCGAGUACGCAAACCUUCUCAAGCUCACUGUCACGAUGCCCCACACAGACGGCAUGCUCCCUGUCAUCUCCACCAAGGAGCUUUCCAACUUCGAGCUCACCCUCAGCCCUGAUGGCACCCGGGCUGGAAACCACAAGUGCUCCAACCUCCUGGAUUACACGGAAGUCAAGACCCACCAUGGUUUCUUGACUGAUGCUACCAAAAACCCAGACGUAAUUGGAGAGACGUACCCUUACCAGUACAGCUCAUCCAUCCGAGGUUCCAGGACCUUACGCUUCUACCGAAACCUGAAUCUGGAGGCCUGCUUGUGGGAGUUUGUUAGCUACUAUGACAUGUCAGAGCUGCUCACAGACUGUGGAGGCACCAUUGGGACAGAUGGACAGGUCCUAAACCUAGUGCAGUCCUACGUGACGCUUCGCGUCCCGCUGUACGUCUCCUACGUGUUCCACUCCCCGGUCGGGGUAGGGGGCUGGCAGCACUUCGACCUGCAGUCGGAGCUCCGCCUGACGUUCGUGUACGACACUGCCAUCUUGUGGAACGAGGGGGUCGGCAGCCCCCCGGAAGCCGAGCUCCACGGUUCUCUCUACCCAACCAGCAUGCGUAUCGGGGAAGAGGGGCGCCUGGUCGUGAACUUCAAGACAGAGGCUCAAUUCCAUGGCUUGUUUGUGCUGUCACAUCCCGCGUCCUUCACAAGCUCAAUGAUCAUGUCAGCUGAUCAUCCAGGUCUAACAUUUUCCCUGCGUCUCAUAAGGAGUGAACCAACCUACAACCAGCCAGUCCAGCAGUGGAGUUUUGUAUCUGACUUUGCAGUCCGUGACUACUCGGGGACCUAUACUGUAAAACUGCUGCCAUGUACCACUCCAUCACAUCAGGAGUAUCGCCUGCCAGUCACCUGCAACCCCAGAGAGCCUGUCACUUUUGACCUGGACAUCCGAUUCCAACAGGUCAGUGAUCCCGUGGCUGCUGAGUUUAGUUUGAACACCCAAAUGUACCUGCUCUCCAAGAAGAGUCUCUGGUUGUCUGAUGGAUCCAUGGGAUUUGGGCAAGAGAGUGAUGUUGCUUUUGCAGAAGGUGAUGUCAUUUAUGGUCGGGUCAUGGUGGAUCCUGUCCAGAAUCUCGGCGAUUCCUUUUACUGCAGCAUCGAGAAGGUGUUCCUGUGCACCGGAGCUGAUGGCUACGUUCCCAAGUACAGCCCAGCAAAUGCAGAGUACGGCUGCCUGGCUGAUUCACCUUCACUCUUAUAUAGAUUUAAAAUUGUGGACAAAGCUCAGCCAGAGACACAAGCCACCAGUUUUGGAAAUGUCCUGUUUAAUGCCAAACUGGCAGUGGAUGACCCCGAAGCUAUCCUCUUAGUGAAUCAGCCUGGAUCUGACGGAUUUAAAGUCGACUCAACACCACUCUUCCAGGUCGCUCUGGGCCGAGAAUGGUACAUACACACCAUCUACACGGUGAGAUCAAAAGACAAUGCCAAGCGAGGCAUUGGCAGACGAAGCGUGGAGUACGAGUACCACUCUUUGGUGAGUCGCGGGGAGCCCCAGGCGAUGGCCGGAAGCCGGAGGAAGAGGGAGGUCAGCAGCCCACCAGCCCUGGCGCGGGAGAUCGGUGCCGAAAACAACCGAGGCACCAACAUCCAGCACGUUGCCCUGGACCGCAGCAGCAGGAGGCGGAGCCCGCAGGGCAGGGCUCCCCCCUACGGCCUCCCCCCGCGGGAGCUCAGCAGCCCCAGCUCUGAGGUCAGCCUGGUCGCUGUGAUGGGGGGCAGCGCGGUGGGCCUCCUCGCCGUCGGCCUCAUGGCCUUGGCCGUGGUGCUGUUCAAGGGCAAGAAGAGCGCCCGGAGGAAGGGCGCCCCCCAGGGCUCCGGCAGCAGCGAGCCCAUGAUGCCCCGGCCGGGCCUCCAGAGCGACAGCUCGGAGGUUUGAGGUCAGCAGGCGGGCGGAAUUCAGCCUUUUCCUCAAGUGCCCAGGAGAAGAGCAAGGAACCCACAUCCUUCUGUAAACGGCAGAGAAUGGGGGUCUUCUGGGACAGAGCUGCUCAGAGGCCCUGACUGUACUAGUAAAUGUUGAUCUGAACUCUGUACUGGUUCAGGCAUCAGAGGACAAAUUCGGACCGCAGACCACACCUUUCCUCUGGCCCAGAAGGCUCAAGUGUGUGUCCAUGUGUACACAGAGGCAGAGAUGGACAGCGGGGAACAGCUCGUCUUAGGCGUUUUCUCUGCACGGGGAGAUGAACGUGUUCAGAGGUGCUAACAGACUCUCGCAGAAGCUUAAGAGGAGUCCAAGGGUGCGAUGCUAGGAUGCAUCUUGAAGGUGCAAUUACCACAUUGUUUAUUCGUUGUGUAACAGUCUAGGUGUUAAUUGACAGUCUGGAAGAAUGAUACACACACCAUUUAUUGCGACAAGUUUUCUACACGGAGAAGACAACAUGGACUUAUGACCAAGGGGAGCUCAACCUGCAAAUCACCUUUUUUCCUACCUGAGAGAGAGUAGAAGGAAACAAGGAAAGUAUCUCACUAACUUGAAUUUUCAUUAAACCCUCCUUGUUUUAUCUACUUAUUUAAUUUUAAAUUAAACCAAAGAAUAUGUUACAUCUGGAAAAGAUCAUUGAAGAGAGACUGCUCUGUUUGGGGAUAUAUGUAGUAGAAAAAGUAGAGUUCUCGCAUGAUAAUACACCUUAUUGGUGUUCAUCUUGGGAAAUAAGAGGGUUGGUGACAUUUUAAUGAUGAAGAAAUGCCACAGAGGUAGAGUCAUAUUUACAAGACAAUGUUCUCUAAGAACUGAGCCUAGAUGUUUGCAGUAUUAAACCCAUAAAUGACCAGGAGAAACACCUUUCCGAUGGUAAAGGGGAGAAAGCGGUAUUUAUUAAUAUAUGUUUAACCAAAGUGCCUUUGACACAGAUUUUAUAGAAUAAAAGAGUCUCACAAUGA